AAGCUCAUCAUAUAUAAUCCCCAGCCCAGUAAAAGAGACUACAUAAUAUUCCAACAGAAACACAGAAAAAUGGAGCCAUCAGCUGCUAAUGAUGAAACCCAUGAGAUUGUGAUAGCUGGAGGGGGCCUCUGUGGCCUUGCCACUGCCUUGGCUCUUCACAGGAAAGGAUUGAAAAGUUUGGUUCUUGAAAGAGCAGACUCACUAAGAGUGGAAGGUGGAGGCCUUUGCAUCUUGCCUAAUGGGUGGAGGGCUCUUGACCAGCUUGGGGUGUCUCACCAUCUUAGGAAUUUGGGCUUUCAACUUGACAAGGGUUGGGACUUGGGGCUUGACAAGGGUACACAACAAGCCAUGCCAGCUUUUGGAAAAGGAGAGGCUCGUUGCUUGAAAAGGAGUGACCUUAUUACAACAAUUGCCGAGGCUUUGCCGGUUGGAACGCUUCGCUUUGGUUGCCAAAUUGUUUCUGUCCAAACAGACCCUCUCACUAAAUUUCCACGCAUCCAACUCUCCAAUGGAAAGUACAUAGGCACCAAGAUACUGAUUGGGUGCGAGGGAUCAAGGUCCAUAGUGGCGGACUCCAUUGGACUAAAGCCUCCAAGCUCUUUUGGUCUGGGCGCCAUUAGAGGCUUAACAAUCUAUCCACACGGCCAUUCUGCUUCACAUGAAUUGGUGCGGAUGACCAAAGGCAAGACUGUUGUAGGGAGAAUUCCAGUCAAUGAUAAGUUGAUCUUCUGGUUUGUUGUUUUUCCAGCUCCAAUACAGCCAGAUGUCAAGUUUCCACGUGAACCAGAGCUUAUUUGGCAGAAAGCGGUAGAGAAGACGAAAGACUUCCCAGCAGAAGUACAAGAAAUGAUGGAGCGUUGUGCCGUAGAAUUAUUAACUUUCACGCACCUGAGAUACCGCGCACCCUGGGAAAUUCUGCUCGGAAAGUUCCACAAAGGCACAAUCACGGUCGCGGGAGACGCAAUGCACGUAAUGGGCCCUUUUCUCGCGCAGGGCGGAUCCGCCGGCAUCGAAGACGCGGUGGUGCUCGGAAGAAGCCUGGCGAAAAUCAAGGACGAUCUGAGCAAAAGUGAGAAGUACGAAGAAGUUGCGAGUAAAGUUGGGGAAGCGUUUGAUGAGUAUGUGAAAGAGAGGAGGAUGAGAGUUGCAGGAUUGUCGACCCAAACGUACCUUAUUGGUGUGUCGUGGGAGGAGAGAUCGCCAUUGGUGAAGCUUGGUGCUAUGAUUGCUAGGGCUGUUCUUUUCAGUAACCGUGGUGCUCAUAUUAACUAUGAUUGUGGUCGCCUUUGAUGUGCACUCAAGGUGUUUGAUGUUAUGUUUUACCAAUAUAACGUCGCGGGAUGUGUCUUAGUGAGUCGUUGAGAUUAACAAGAAUACUAUUAUAUUAAGAUAUUAUUUGCAGUUUGUAUCAUUGAGCUAUGCCCCGGGACAAUAAUACUACUUUCUUUAUAU